AUGACAACUAUUAGAACUGUAAUUGCUGUAGCUAUAAAGAAAGGGUGGAAAAUGUACCAACCUGAUGUUAAUAAUGCUUUUUUGCAUGAGGAUUUAGACGAAGAGAGAAAGAUUGCUACCGACCUUCUAUCUGAAUUUGGUUAUUUGGAUUGUAAACCCGUUAGCAGUCCUCUAGAUGUUACUUUCAAGCUUCGAUUCAUGCAUGUCCCUACUUCUGCUCAUUUUUCUACUGGGUUUCAUGUUCUUCACUAUGUUAAGGGCACUUUGGGGCAAGGUCUUUUUAUGGCAGCAGAUCCUGAUUUCACUCUUCAAGCCUACUGUGAUUCUGAUUGGGCUUCUUGCCCUACUUCUCGAAGGUCUGUUAGUGGGUACUUAGUCCUCUUUAGUGGUUCUCUUCUCACUUGGAAAUCUAAGAAGCAGCACACAGUGGCCUUAUCUUCUGCUGAGGCAGAAUAUCGCUCCAUGCGGCGGGUGGUUGCAGAGUUAGCUUGGCUCACUCGUUUACUUCAUGAGUUGUUUGUUGUUUCUGUGGUACCUGUGCCUCUUCAUUGCGACAACCAAUCUGCCAUCUAUAUAGCAAAAAUUCCUGUUUUCCACGAACGGACUAAACAUAUUAACCUGGAUUGCCAUUUUGUUCAUGAGAAGCUUCAUGAUGGCUUGAUUUCUCUUUCGUUUGUUCCCAGCAAGCUGCAACUGGCUGAUAUGUUAACAAAGCCCUUAUUUGGUGUGACUCAUCAGUUCAUUUUAAGCAAGUUGGGUGUGGCUAACCGCCCUCCAACUUGA